AUGGCCAGCAGUCUGACCCACCACGGCUCCCCAAACCCCGGCUACACCGCCAAUAACAACGCGGUCCCUGCGCCGGUCCUCACUCAGACCAACUCCAGAGACAAGUGGAGCAAAAAGAUGGAUUUUCUCCUGUCUGUCAUUGGCUUUGCGGUGGACCUGGGAAAUGUUUGGAGGUUUCCUUACGUGUGUUAUCAAAACGGUGGAGGUGCUUUCCUUAUCCCCUACAUUUUGAUGGCCAUCUUUGGUGGCGUGCCGCUCUUCUACAUGGAGCUGGCACUGGGACAGUUCCACCGCACCGGAGCCAUUUCUAUAUGGAAACACAUUUGUCCCAUUUUCAAAGGUAUAGGCUAUGCCAUCUGUAUCAUCGCCCUGUACGUCUCCUUCUACUACAACACCAUCAUCGCCUGGGCCCUCUUCUACUUCUACUCCUCCUUCUCCAGCAUUCUGCCUUGGACAAACUGUGACAACGUGUGGAACACCCCCGACUGCACCAACUACUUUGGCAUGGACAACGUCACUUGGACCAAUGCCUCCAGGUCUCCGGCAGAGGAAUUUUACACGAGGAAUGUUCUGGAGAUUCACAAGUCUUCAGGGCUGAAAAACGUUGGGGGUGUCCGAUGGCAGUUGAUGCUCUGCCUUUUCCUUAUUUUCACCAUUGUUUACUUCAGCCUGUGGAAGGGGGUGAAGACUUCAGGGAAGGUUGUGUGGGUGACAGCCACCUUGCCCUACAUAGUGCUGUUCAUCCUGCUUAUUAGAGGAGCAACUCUGCCUGGUGCAUGGAGAGGUGUGGUGUUUUACCUGAAACCACAGUGGGGGAAGCUUCUGGAGACCAGUGUGUGGGUGGAUGCAGCAGCACAGAUAUUCUUCUCUCUAGGCCCCGGCUUCGGGGUCCUCCUGGCUCUCUCCAGCUACAACCCUUUCACAAAUAACUGCUAUCGUGAUGCCAUUGUGACCAGCUUGGUGAACUGUCUGACCAGCUUCGUGUCAGGCUUCGUGAUCUUCACCGUCCUGGGCUACAUGGCUGAGAUGAGGCAGGUGGAAGUGGAGGAUGUAGCCAGAGAUAAAGGACCAAGUUUGCUCUUCAUCACCUACCCAGAAGCCAUUGCAAACAUGAUGGGCUCGACCUUUUUUGCAAUCAUCUUUUUUACAAUGAUGAUCACUCUGGGACUUGACAGCACGUUUGGUGGGCUGGAGGCAAUCAUUACUGCAGUGUUGGACGAAUACCCAGAUCUUUUCUCUCACAGACGUGAACUUUUUGUUCUGGGCUUGGUUGUUGUCUGCUUUUUGGGCUCACUAAGCACCCUUACAAAUGGUGGGGCCUAUGUUGUAAAACUGCUAGAGGAAUUUGGAGUGGGAAGCUCCAUCAUAGCAGUGGGCUUCCUUGAGGCCAUAGCUGUUUCCUGGUUCUAUGGUAUCAAAAGAUUCAGCAAUGAUGUGCAGGCCAUGCUGGGGAAAGCUCCUGGGUUAUUCUGGAGGGUGUGCUGGGUCGCCAUCAGUCCAGCUUUCCUAGCUUACAUUAUAGUGAGCUCCCUGAAAGUGCCACCCCUCACACUGUUUGACUAUAAGUACCCAGACUGGAGCAUCACAGUGGGAUACUUUGUUGGCUUCUCAUCUUUCAUGUGGAUCCCCAUCUACAUGGUGUACAAGCUGGUGUGGACCCCUGGAUCUCUGAAACAGAGGUUGGCAGUGUGUCUAAGACCAGAAAGGACCAUAAUACCAGAAAUCCACGCUGACAACCUCACCAUGGUUACUGUACCAUAG